AUGGCUGAAAGUCUGGCAAAACUGGGUACCUUAGAGGAACCAGCCUGUCAGAGAGUUGGAGUCCCUUUUGCAAUAGGGAAAAACCACAUCAAGGACUGGCUGAAACGGGAGCACAGGACCGCUUGGGAAAAACUGAAGAGCUGCCGCCAGGCCAAGGUCCUGAUGACACAGCCAUUGCCAGAUAGGACAAAGGAACUACUGACUAUGGGUAAGUACAAACAAGGAUUAUGUAUCGGUCUUCUCACAGGGCAUUGGGCCUUCAGGGCACAUUUAUUCAACUUAGGCCUAGUCGAGGAGAGUAGGUGUAGAUUUUGCGGUGAGGAAAGGGAGGACAGCGUGCGACACAUACUGUGUCGCUGCCCGUCUCUAGUACUCAAGAGGUUCAGAUCUCUGGGCUCCAUGUUCGUGGAGCCCGAAGACCUGAAAACACACAAUAUCGGCCACCUGUAUAGCCUGGCAGCAAAUGCCGGGCUAAAACAGCCUGGACGAUAA